AUGUCUUUACUAAAAGGGAAAAAAUCGGUUUCUCGUAUAGAUUUUAAUCGAUACCUUUCGGAAAUAGGCGGAGUUGCUAUUCACGAUGAUUCAGAAAAUGAUGAAAACUAUGUUAUAGGCAUCAAAUUACCUAAAGAAAGGAAGAAAAUACCCGUAUCUAAAGUGAGUCGCAGUAUUGCAAAUGUUUUUGGGAAUUCCACAACACUACAAGAUGCACAGAAUAAAAUCAUUGCAUCUUUUGUACCAGAUGAUAUAAUAUAUCAUCUUAAUGAUUAUUCUCAUCGCUCUUAUGAAAUAUGUUUAUUAUUUAGUGAUGUAUCAGGUUUUACUGAUCUCUCAGAAAAAUAUAACCAACCCGGUAACGGGGGCCCAUCCAGAUUAACCCAGGUAUUGAAUACAUAUAUUGGAUCUAUGGUACAGGAAAUUCUAUCUCACGGAGGUGAUAUUUUUAAAUUUUCGGGAGACGCUUUUCUAGCUUUUUGGAAAGUUCGUAAAAGUCUUCCUAUGCAAGAGGCCGUCCACGAAGGGAUGGAUUCAGCAUUAAUUAUUCAGAAGAGAUAUGGUCAAUAUGCAACUGAGGUGGGCGUGACAUUGCGGGUGAAGUUAGCGAUUUCUGCAGGAAAGGUUGAAAUAGCUUUGAUAGGAACGGAAAAAGAAUCACAUUACUUAAUAGCUGGACAACCUGUGUGGGAUGCAAAAAAUGCCGAAAAGCUAAGCAGUGCAGGUGAGGUUGUUUGUUCGCCAUCUGCUUGGCAAUAUGUGAAUCCAAGUGAAUAUGUUCACGAAUUUAAAAAAGAUAAUAAACAUUGUAGUGUUAUGGGGUUCGGUUCACUUUGGCAUGCUACCGGCGCUCAACGAACAAGCGGAGUAGAUGAUGAUGAUCAAGCGGAUCAAACAACGGAUAUUAUUAUAGACACUACUGAAACCAGACGAGAUUUAGAUACAGAUCGAUUUAUGAUACGGCCAGCAGUUCAUUCAGCAACCAGAUCUGAAGUUAGGGAUGGACUACGACGUUUUGUGCUUCCUCCCGUUAUGAAUGCGAUAGAUAACAACCAGCCUAUGGACCACUUAACGGAAAUGCGGCAAGUUGUUAUCAUGUUUAUAAAUAUAGUGCCUGUAAGUAUGCACCCCAGCAAAAGAUUGAUAAAUCUGACCCACCAAUGUUAUGUUACAAUUUGCGAUAUAAUUAACGAAUUUGAAGGUGGAAUUGUAAACAAAGCAUCCUUAUUUGACAAAGAUUUAAUGAUGGUAGUAAUUUUUGGCUUGCGAGGAUUUAUAAAAGAAUUUCAGAAUCAAACAGCUUUAAGAGCAGGGGCAGAAAUUCGUAAACGCAUUUCACAGUUUAAAGAUCAAAAGUCUGUAUCAGUUGCAGUUACAACGGGUAUGUCAUAUUGUGGUGUGGUAGGUCACACAUUGCGCAGAGAAUACAGCGUCAUUGGUAUGGUAGUGAAUAAAGCAGCAAGACUCAUGGUUGCCUACCCAGAUAUGGUUUGUUGUGAUAAAGAUACAUUCAUAUUAAGUAAGAUGGAAUCAAGAAACUUCACGUUAUUAAGACAUAAAGAACUAAAAGGAUUACAUGCUGUAGGACCUGUAUAUGCAUUUAAUGAAAUAAUAAGAGAUGAAGACUCAACCAGAAUCGAACUGUGUAAAUUUCCGAUUCUUGGUUGCGAUUACUUAAUGAGGCAUUACUUUGAUGUUCUCUUGCGAUACACUGAAGUGUAUAAGCAAGUUCAAUAUAAAUGGGAUCCAGAUGUUAUUAUCCAAAAUGUAUUAAUAUACAAAGGGGCUGCAAGGCAGGGCAAAACGAGAUUAUUAGAUGAAUUAUUUUACUUAACGCCACAAAAAUAUAACUCAAGAAGGAUAAAUUUGUUUCCUCAAAAUCAAAAAGUACCAUUUUCUGCAAUUUUUUUAUCCGUCGGUGGAAUUUUGGGUAUCUAUCCAAAAGAAACUGCUAAGCAGCGCGAAACACAAAUUUUUAAAUUGUUAGCGAAGAUAAAAGUGAAUGAAUUAUUAUGUUCGUUGAAUGAGGUAUUCAACGUUAAUUUUGAAAUGUCAAACAUAUUUCUUAAUUUACCAUAUGAUAAGAAGAAUGAAGUUCGAAUUGCACUAUUCAAACAUUUAAUUCUCUCUAUAUCUUCAUCACUGUGGGUUUUAAUUAUUGAUAAUUUAGAAUAUAUGGAUGAAGAAUCAUUGAUGCUUUUUAUCAAUAUAUUUGAAAGUAAUGCUUUUUUUUGCACUGGGACUUUGGGAAACCGUAGAGAUAUAUCUGAUCUAGCGGCUAGUGUAUUAAAUCACCCACGGGUCGUAACAGUAAAAAUGCCCAAAGUUGAUAAUUGGUAUCAUGCUGCUCUUGCAUGCCAAAUGCUCGAAGUAUCUGCAAUUCCUUUAGAGCUAGAAAAAAUAAUACAAACACAUAGUGGUGGAAAUCCCGGUUGGAUUGAAAGUUUUAUGUUAUCACUUAUCCAAUCAGGUGGAUUAAACUUACAAACUAUAAGAGAAAGAGAAGUAAUAUCACAGGGUCUCGUCAUACCACCAUCGGAGCAGAUGAUAAGACAGUCUACACAGGACAUUUUGAAAAAUUGGAUAGUAUUGGUUUUGGUUUGA